CAAUCAGAUUUGACGGAGCGCUAUUUGAAAUCUGCUCGUGCCGGUGUUGUUUACCUGCAGUAGUCUGUGCUCACAGAGGUGCUCGGCUAACAAGUCGUCCCGGCGCUUCUUUAAGUCACAGUUUGGCCUCCAACAUGUCGUCUGUAGACGUUCGAGCUGCGCUUCCAGCCGCAGAGAACCCGGUGAAGAUGAGUAAAACCGCGGCUGCAGGUCCGAGGAGAGCUGCUCUUGGAGAGAUUACCAACGUUCCUGAAGCAGCAGUCAACGCAAAGAGGUCGGGACGAGCCAAAGCAUCAGCCAAAGCAUCAGCCAAAGCUUCUUGUGGCCAAAAAGCUGCACCCACUCAGGCGGUUCAUCCAGCAGUCCGGGUCCAGGCACCUGCAGACCCCCUCCCUCCAGUUUCAGAGGAGUCUGCUGACGUGUCCAUGAAGGAGGAGGAGCAGCUGUGCCAGGCUUUCUCUGAAGCGCUGCUCGCCGUGGAGGACGUUGACGAGCAGGACGCAGACCUGCCACAGCUCUGCUCACAAUACGUCAAAGAUAUCUAUAAUUAUCUGCACGACCUGGAGGUGCAGCAAGCCGUACGAGCCAACUACAUGCAGGGUUAUGAGAUCACCGAGCGCAUGCGAGCUCUUCUCAUCGACUGGCUGGUCCAGGUUCACUCCAGGUUCCAGCUGCUGCAGGAGACUCUGUACCUCACAGUUGCCAUCCUGGAUCGUUUUCUCCAGGUCCAGCCGGUCUCUCGCAGAAAGCUGCAGCUCGUCGGCGUGACUGCCAUGCUGGUGGCCUGUAAAUACGAGGAGAUGUACGCUCCGGAGGUCGGAGACUUCGCCUACAUCACGGACAACGCGUUCACAAAGUCUCAGAUUCUGGAGAUGGAGCAGGUGGUUCUGAAGAGCCUCGGUUUCCAGCUUGGACGUCCUCUUCCGUUGCACUUCCUCAGACGGGCGUCCAAGGUGGCCAGUUCUGAUGUAGAGCGACACACGCUGGCCAAGUACCUGAUGGAGCUGACCCUCCUCGACUACCACAUGGUGCACUAUCGGCCCUCCGAGAUCGCUGCCGCCUCCCUGUGUCUCUCCCAGCUGCUGCUUGAAGGGCUGCCGUGGUCUCCCACGCAGCAGCACUACUCGACGUACGACGAGGCCCAUCUGAAGCCGAUCAUGCAGCACAUCGCCAAAAAUGUCGUGAUGUUGAACGACGGGAAGACAAAGUUCCUGGCUGUGAAGAACAAGUACUCGAGCAGCAAACUGAUGAAGAUCAGCCUCAUCCCUCAGCUGAAGUCGGCCGUCGUCAGGAACUUGGCGGCUGCUGUGCUCAACAAUCCCUGAGGCGGACUUCUGUAUUUUAGAGGACUUUUCACUUGCACUUUAUUUUAGAUUGAUCACUGUGGAGAAACUUCACUAGUUUUUAAUAAAACAUUUUUAUAAUUUUUUUUUGAUCCAGA